AUGCAUUUUCUUCAACAGACAAGUCGUCGUUUAGUUAUUAAUACAUCUCGACCAACUUUUUCUGCCUUAUCUUAUUCAAAAUCUAGUGAAGCACAAACCAAAACAGAUGCAAAUCGUGUUGAAUCAAAUUCAGUUCCUCCCAAUGAUCUUUUAGAAGCUAAAAGACUUGCACAAACAACACCAAACGACAAAACAAUACAUAUUAUUAAAAGUAGUGAAAAAUUUUCUUCUGGUCUUUCACCAAUUCAAGCAGCUUCAUCAAUAACUCCAACUGGCGCUGGUCUUUUUCAAGAUGUUAAAGUAUCAAAUACACCUGUUUCCCCCGGUAUACCAAUAACAGUUAGUGUACCAUCAACACCUGAAAAAGAAGAUACAAGAAAAGAGGAACAAAUUCCAGCAUCGGGAUUUUCUGCUUUUCUUCGAAGUAUUCAUUCAGGUUUACCAUUUUUUCCUUCAUCAAAAAAGAAUUCAACACCAAUUAACAUUGCUACAACACGUGAAUAUUUUCUUCCGUUAACACGUCCUUCAUUGAUUCGUUUAAUUGCAACUGAUUCUCAUUUUGGCGAUGAUCCAAAUGAGCGUCAUUUAUUCCAUGAACUGUGUCACGGUUUUGAUAGUGCUGUUGUUCAACAUUAUUAUCCAAUAUUAAGUGAAUUAAAACAUUUAUUUAAUCCAUUAAAUCCAGAUAAUGAAACACUUGAUAAUCGUCGUAUAUCAUAUCGUGAUCGUUUAGAUAAUGAAUAUUGGUUAUUACAAAAAAUCAAUGAUUUACUUCGUCGAGCUAAUUUUACUGAACUACCACGAAAUAUUCUUCUUGAUAAAUUUAUUCAACAAAAAGAUUCAUCAUCAAAUGUGAAUAUUAAAAUCGAUGGUUAUGAUUAUGAUGUUUUAAAAUUUUGGAUACUUGGUCGUGAACAAAUGUUAAUAGGAGAAAAACCUUGGUGGAAAAAAGUCUUUCAAAAAAAUAAACAAACCGUAUCGAGAGAUUAUUUUAAACGUGUUAUUUUAGCUGUACGUCUUAAAGGACAAGAUCGUUUAUAUCUGAAAGCGUUUCGAGAUAUUCCAUUGGAAAAUUUAACACAAUUAUUACCGAUGGGAAAACUACAAGUUGGCAAUUUUGAAAAACAACUUCUCAGUUUAGCAUUUCUUCUUGGUACAGGAACAGUUACUACACAAUUGAUAACAACAAUGGCUAAUUAUCCAAUGCCGGGAUUAGUUGUUGGCGGAAGUAGUCUAACAUUAUUGCUUGGCACUUGGUCAUUAAGAAAUAUGCAUAAAUCGAAAAUAAAUUAUCUAUCACAAAUGAGUCGAUUAUUAUUUUAUAAAAAUGUUGCAUCAAAUAAACAAUUGUUAGCAAUGAUUAUUGAUCGUGCUGAAGAUGAAUUAAGUAAAGAAGUACUUCUUGUCUAUAUGUUUAUACUCUCGAAACAAAAACAAAAUGGAGCUUUAACAAAGAAAAAUCUUGAACUUGAAAUUGAAAAUUGGAUUCGUUCAAAAACAAAUACAGAUAUUACAUUCAAUAGUGAUCAAUCGAUUGAAUUUCUUCGUAAAUUAGGUAUUCUUUUACCUGAUGAUCCAACACGGCCCACUUGUUUACAUGUCGUACCCUAUAAACAAGUGGUUGGUAUUCUUCCAAAAAUAUCACGGACAUUAAGUGAAAAAAAUGAAGAAUGGGAUUUAAUUGAAGGUUAUGACAAAAAAUAUUUUGAACUUGAUUGGAAAACAGUUCUUAAUGAAGAUAAACUUCUAAACAAAAGUGGAUGGCAUUGA